AUCUUCGAGUAUGCGGACGGCCCCAACGCCCAGGUCAUGAGCGCUGAGGAGCACGCCUUUCGGUUUUCUGCCAACAUCAUCAACCGGAACAGGACUCUGCUGCCCAACACAACCUUGACCUAUGACAUCCAGAGGAUUCACUUCCAUGACAGCUUUGAAGCCACCAAGAAGGCCUGUGACCAGCUGGCACUGGGCGUGGUGGCGAUCUUCGGGCCGUCACAGGGCUCCUGUACCAAUGCCGUCCAGUCCAUCUGCAAUGCCCUGGAGGUGCCCCACAUCCAGCUGCGCUGGAAGCACCACCCGUUGGACAACAAGGACACCUUCUACGUGAACCUCUACCCCGACUACGCCUCUCUCAGCCACGCCAUCCUCGACCUGGUCCAGUACCUCAAGUGGCGGUCGGCCACCGUGGUCUAUGAUGACAGCACAGGGCUCAUCCGGCUGCAGGAGCUGAUCAUGGCCCCGUCGAGAUACAACAUCCGCCUGAAGAUCCGCCAGCUCCCCAUUGACUCUGACGACUCACGGCCCCUGCUCAAGGAGAUGAAGCGAGGCCGGGAAUUCCGCAUCAUCUUCGACUGCAGCCACACCAUGGCAGCCCAGAUCCUCAAGCAGGCCAUGGCCAUGGGCAUGAUGACCGAGUACUACCACUUCAUCUUCACCACACUGGAUCUUUAUGCAUUAGACCUGGAGCCCUACCGCUACUCAGGGGUGAACCUGACGGGGUUCCGGAUCCUCAACGUGGACAACCCCCAUGUCUCGGCCAUCGUGGAGAAGUGGUCCAUGGAGCGGCUGCAGGCUGCUCCCCGAGCAGAAUCGGGCCUGUUGGAUGGGGUGAUGAUGACCGACGCGGCCUUACUGUACGACGCCGUCCACAUCGUGUCCGUGUGCUACCAGCGGGCGCCCCAGAUGACCGUCAACUCCCUGCAGUGCCACCGGCACAAGGCCUGGCGCUUUGGUGGCCGCUUCAUGAACUUCAUCAAGGAGGCUCAAUGGGAAGGAUUAACUGGACGGAUUGUUUUCAACAAAACCAGCGGUUUACGGACAGAUUUCGAUCUGGACAUUAUCAGUCUGAAGGAGGACGGCCUGGAGAAGGUUGGGGUGUGGAGUCCUGUAGAGGGGCUCAACAUUACGGAGGUCGCCAAGGGCCGAGGGCCCAACGUCACCGACUCUCUGACAAACAGAUCACUCAUCGUCACCACAGUGCUGGAGGAGCCCUUUGUCAUGUUCCGUAAGUCCGACAGGACCCUGUAUGGGAAUGACCGGUUUGAGGGCUACUGCAUCGACCUGCUCAAGGAACUGGCCCACAUCUUGGGCUUCUCCUAUGAGAUCCGGCUGGUGGAGGAUGGCAAGUACGGGGCGCAGGACGACAAGGGCCAGUGGAACGGCAUGGUCAAGGAGCUCAUCGACCACAAGGCAGAUCUGGCUGUGGCCCCGCUGACUAUCACCCAUGUCCGCGAGAAGGCCAUCGACUUCUCCAAGCCCUUCAUGACGCUUGGCGUGAGCAUCUUGUACCGCAAGCCCAAUGGCACCAACCCCAGUGUCUUCUCCUUCCUCAACCCCUUGUCCCCAGACAUCUGGAUGUACGUGCUCCUUGCCUACCUGGGUGUCAGCUGUGUCCUCUUUGUCAUCGCCAGGUUCAGCCCUUACGAGUGGUAUGAUGCUCACCCCUGCAACCCUGGCUCCGAGGUGGUAGAAAACAACUUCACUCUGCUUAACAGCUUCUGGUUCGGGAUGGGGUCCCUGAUGCAGCAAGGCUCUGAACUGAUGCCCAAAGCUCUGUCCACACGCAUCAUUGGUGGCAUCUGGUGGUUCUUCACCCUCAUCAUCAUCUCCUCCUACACGGCCAACCUGGCUGCCUUUCUGACCGUGGAGCGGAUGGAAUCGCCCAUCGACUCUGCCGAUGACCUGGCCAAGCAAACCAAAAUCGAGUAUGGGGCUGUCAAGGAUGGGGCCACCAUGACCUUCUUCAAGAAAUCCAAGAUCUCCACCUUCGAGAAGAUGUGGGCCUUCAUGAGCAGCAAGCCCUCUGCGCUGGUGAAGAACAACGAGGAGGGCGUCCAGAGGGCACUGACGGCAGACUACGCGCUGCUCAUGGAGUCCACCACCAUCGAGUACAUCACCCAGAGGAACUGCAACCUCACCCAGAUCGGGGGCCUCAUCGACUCCAAGGGCUACGGCAUCGGCACGCCCAUGGGGUCCCCGUACCGGGACAAGAUCACCAUCGCCAUCCUGCAGCUGCAGGAGGAGGACAAGCUGCACAUCAUGAAGGAGAAGUGGUGGCGGGGCAGUGGCUGUCCUGAGGAGGAGAACAAAGAGGCCAGUGCCCUGGGCAUCCAGAAGAUCGGGGGCCUCUUCAUCGUCCUGGCUGCUGGGCUGAUUCUGUCCGUGUUGGUGGCCGUGGGCGAGUUUGUGUACAAGCUCCGCAAAACAGCAGAACGAGAGCAGCGGUCCUUCUGCAGCACCGUGGCCGAUGAGAUCCGUUUCUCCCUCACCUGCCAGCGGCGGGUCAAGCACAAGCCACAGCCUCCCAUGAUGGUCAAGACUGACGCUGUCAUCAACAUGCACACGUUCAAUGAUCGCCGGCUUCCGGGCAAGGACAGCAUGACCUGCAGCACGUCACUGGCCCCUGUGUUCCCCUAGGCAUGGGCGGGAUGGGUUCCCCAGAGGCCUGGGGGCAGAGCAGAGGAAGGUAAAGGAGAUUGGUAGGAUGUCCCCUGUCCCCACACUGGGCUUGAGGACCUGAGCUGCGGCCUGCCUGUUGGGCCAGGAACCCCUGUGCCCUUAACCUACCAGGAAACCAGCAGGCCCUCAGGCCAGCUGCUUGGGCUUCAUUCUCCUCUUGUUUCUUCUGUGGAUUUCUAAAGCUGCCAACCAGGACAGCAACGGCCAAAGGAAGCACAUGCCUCUCUCAGGCCAAACCCACCUGCCCCUCAACUCUCCUCUGGAUUCAGAAGUUUCUGCCACAGCCCUGCAGAGGCCAAAGAAAAUGGGAAACAACUCUUAUAUGUCCACUCCUUCUCCAUAAGCCCAGAUCUCCCAGAGCUUGACCAUGAAACCAGAGUCACAAACCUUAAGGACAUUACUGUGUGGCUGCCGAUGGGAGCUGAAGACGAGGGAUGACCGCCCCCCUCGCCUGGGCAGAAGGAAGGCUUCAUCCCUUGGGGGCUGCUCACAUGGUCCUGCCCCUCUGGACUUGGAACCACCCAUGGAAGCCCCUGUCUUGGCAAAGUUGAAGGCAGAGAACCCCAUAGAGGAAAACAGGAGAGGGCUUGGGGCAUAGGAGAGAGGAGAAUGUCACAGACAGAGGUUGCUAUUUUGAACUCUUGGACAAUGUCCCAAAUGCUUCCACUCCUCUGGGAAGGUCUCUGGGAGUAUAAAUGGAGGAGUGGUUAUGACAAAUUCUUCUCCACUUUCCCACUAGGGGAGCAAGAACCCCCUUAAAUUUCUCAUAGAGGAUGCCCAGAGACUCAGCCGAUAUUUGAGGCCCAGCAGAGGAACAGUGGAUUACUUGGAAGUCCCCGAGGCCCUCAAGACAAUGGAUCUUACCUUGCUGGGUGCCAAGCUAUUUUCUAAACCCUGUUGGCAUUUAGGAGCUUGGGCUCUUUGCCAUCAACUCAUCAGCAACUCUCCAUUCCUGGCCAGUUGACCUUGGCCUCCCUGUCAUCUUGGAAAAAGGAGAGGAGCCUUGUCUAGGUUGAAUUAGAAGCCAGCUCAUCCCUCCUUAAAGGAGGGAUCAGUGUCCCACAACUUGAGCCAACUUUGGGGCAGGUGAGGAAACCAAAGGCAACCCAAAGAGCCCCUGGCCUCCUAGACUUGCCAAACCUAAAGAAGCUCCCCAGGAGAAAGAAAGUUUUCAGGGGCAGAAUAUCAUAGCUGCCAAAGGCCCCAAGGGUGGGGAGGGAGAAGCUGCCUCCUGGAGAAUUAACCAAAGACCCCACUCAGAGGCACAAGGCCAUCCUGGUCCCUUGUCUCUUGUCCAGAGCAGCUAUGACCUUGUGGGGCUUGGGGAAGACAGCAGAGGAGGAGCAGCAGGUAAGGGGUUGGACCAGAUGAUCCAUGGGUGCCACCUAACUGGGAUGCUCUAGAGGUCUGCAACUUUAAGAUUCCAGAACAAGAAAGACAUGGAAGAAUUAGGAACAAAGUGUCCUUAUAGAGAACAUGAUGGGGCCCACAGGGCUUCCUGUGGCCAAGGGAGAGGGCCUUUGAGGGCUGGAGAUUCUGGGCAAGGAACCAGGGGACACCAGCCACUCCUCUCCCACCUCUCUCCUGUUUCUGCACGGGGAGCCUGCUUAGGGAAGAGAUGCCUUUGGAUCUCAGGGGCCUUCUCAGCUGGGGUGGAGGAUAGUCUCUCACUUCCCCCAGGGACUCCCAAAGUAGGAGACCACAGUGAGCUCUUGUGGUAAAUAUUGUCCCUUCUCCAAACUGUGAGCUGCAGGACCAAACUAACUGGUUCCCAGAAUCACAGCAGCUCCAACAGCUCCGUGCAUGGAAAAAACUGUGCCAGGCAUGCAGCAUAGCCCAGUGCAUGCCAUGGUAGGAAAAGCCAUGCUGUCUUGAGCUUCUGGGUGUAGAAGUGCGUGUGUGGUUGUGUGCAUAUUUGUCUGUGUGUUUGAGCUUUGGGGGCUGGAAAUAGAGGCAGAUUUGGACAUACAAUAGUCCAGGGUAUGCAAUAAUAGGGAAAUCCUUUGGGUUCUGACAUAUGUGUGGGUGUGCAUGCAUGUGUGUGAAUCAGGGAUGUGGGAGACAAAUCUAGACAUGCAGCAGAGCCCCACACAUGUAAAAACGGGAGAAGCCGUUUCAUAAUGGGGUUCUGGUGAGUACAAUAUGUAUACACGCAUGCAUGGCUGUGUGUGCUUUUGUAUGUGUGUGCAUUCACUGAAUGGCAGAGGGUGGAGGACAGGAUAAAGCCUGCAGCAGAGCCAAAUACAUGUAAGAAGAAAAGCCAUGUUAUCAAGGGAUCCAUGGGUGAGCGUAUGUGCACAAGUGUGUGUGGGCUCGUGUAAGCAGUGGAGAGCCGGGGGUGGAGGACAGAACCAGACAAACAUGCAGCCUGGGCAAUGCAUGCUGUACAUGAGAAGCCAUGUGGAACUGGAGUUUGAGAGUGUGAGUGUGCUCACACACAUCCAUGUAAUCAGAUACAUACAUAUGUUCCAGCUCACAGUGGAAGCAGGGACGGACAAUCAGUAAGGCAGGGAAUCAGGGUCUGUUUGCACUUCGGUCAUGGGGAGAUGUCAUUUGUCAUGAGGACUUGCCAAGGUUGUACAGGCACACACACAGGAAACUGUCCAAGUGGGGGUGAAACCCUUCAGGGAUUACAGCUGUGACUCCUUUGCUCUAGGUGGAGAUUCUGAUUUGAAGGGGAAAACAUGUUUUCACAGUUCCUGGAUAACAGGAUUCUAUUGAAGGCAUUUGCCAAUUUGCUCUCACUAACCACAGUUAUUGACCACUGUCUUACUUUGUCCAGUCUAAUUUGAUAGCACACACCCACAUCCACGCUCCUGUCACACACGUGUGCAUGCACCUGUGCAUGAUGCUGAAGCUAUGCACGUUUGUAGAUUGUGAUGGAACGAAGAAAAGGAAGUGCCCUGGGGUAGGCAGAUGGUGGAGAAUCAGAGGCACAAUUCAGUUAUAUCAGUCCCCCACAAGGUACUGAAAUGAUUUAUAGAUGCCUAACAGGGUUGGGAUGUCUGCUGCCUGAUUGUGCCUCCUGUUCAAGCCUUACUUCUGUAUGUGUGGCUAAUGCUCAAUGUCUGGCUGAUGACCUGUGUUAGUCUUUGAAACCAGCUCAACAUUCUGGGUGCUUGGAGGCCACUUCCACCCAUAGCCUGCACCAUGUCCCUCCAGAUCACUCUGGAUGGCAUCUCUAUGUCUGUGAUCUGGGGCAGGGGAAAGGAGAAGGUGUUCCCAGUGGAGCAGAUCUUGGGGGAUUAAAUUUAGGCUUGCCCCGCCAGUGAGUGUGGAGUAGAGCUGUCCAGUCACUGGAGUCACACACAGGGUUGCUGAGGUUGGUGGAUGCUGGUGAUAGAAAGUAGAGAAGUUGGUUUGGAUGGGGCAGAAGAUGGGACUUGCCUGAGAAGGUGUUGACCUGUUCCUUUCCAGUCCCUGAGUAGAGGAGUGUCCCCACCUCCACCCGCACUUCACAUCUCAAGAUGCCACUGCCUCCUCUUGACCUGCCCAGGCUGGCCAAUUUAGGGGCAGCAGUGAAGAGACCCUCUGCCAGGUUCCCAGGGCGUUUGGACAGUGAGUCCUUCUUGUGCCUCUCUCCUUGACCUUUUGCUGGUUUCUCUGUGGACAGAUAAGAAAAUCCUGAGGGCUUUCACACUGUUCAGGUGACCACACUCUGCCAGUAUCUCUCAAAAUGUUGGAAAUGCCUCCUUGACCAAUGAGUGGGACUCUGAAUCUCUGGGGGGCAGACAAGCCCCCAAAUCUCACAACCAAGUCUCUGCCUCAACUGGAAGAGCACACCUGGAUCCCUCCCCAGUGCCCUGGGUCACCGAGAGAUGUAAAUCCUCGCCCAGGAUAAGGGAGGGGUCUGGCAGGAUAGGGGAAGUCUCCCAACAGUUGGGAGUUGCUACCCCCUCCUUUAACUCGCAGAGAACAGAAGUCAGACCAGGCACAAACCCACCAAGAACAGUCAGAAGCUCCCCUCCCUGCCUCUUUUUCAAGAGGGUGCUGUUGGGGGGUUUUACAGUUGCCUCUUCAUUGCUCAGCAUGAAGUUGACCUUGCCCCAAGCCAUUCCCAUCUAGAUGCACAAACGUCCAAAAACAGCCAAACUCACUGGCCCACAUCUGGAGUGGCCCUUGUGUGGGUGGGACCAUCUGAGAAAGGCCAAGAGGUUUGGACAAAGAGCUAUAUGGACUUAAACACCGAUGUGGGCUCAGCACCAUUGACAGAUGCAAGAAAGGAGCCCAACUCUAGCUAGGUACCUGGAAUGGACCCAGCUGUGUAGACAUAUCGGUAACAGUCCCAGGCAGGGUCAACACAUCUGGAAUGGGCCUGGCUGCUUACCACGGUGGAAGGGCCCUGCCCUCUCUCCCCGGUGCCCAUUUGAAUCAAGCCCUCAUUUCAGUCCUGGAUUUGCCCUGGAGUUAAAAUUUCAGAGCUGAGGUCAUAUGUGAAGUCACAAAACUGUUUUUGGUAGAAAGUUAAUGUUCUGUACAAUAUAUAUAUGAAUGUAAAAAUAUAUAUAUACUGUAUAUAUAUAUAUGCACAGUGUAUAUAUGACCUGUAGCCCAUGUGUAUACGCACCCCUCCCCUCACGUCUGCACACGGAGUGUACACAACCCAGCCAGUGUGGGUGGGGACCAGGUGAGAGAAGGGGCUGCAGCUGUUAAAUGUGGGACAGAGGCUGCCUGGGGAAGGGGCUGCAGAGAUCCCCGUGGGGAUGGGGAAGCUCUGUGCACAUCAGAGCUUCAGACCCUGAAGAAGAGGACAGAACCGCGUGAGGCUGCUGGGUAGGCUUUGCACAGCCAGCGCCUUCCUGGGGGAGAGGCAGGAGUGGCCCAGGGACUUUGUCUCCAUCUGAGAGUCUGUCCCAGGUGGGACAGCUUGAUCUGCAUCUGGGAAGAAAGGUCAUGCAGGUACUUGGCUCCUGUUCCAAUAUCAUGCCCUCUGAUCCCAGGGCAGCAAAGAGGGAGGAGAAGAGCUGGAGAGAGGGGGCCACUUCCCAGACCUGCUCUCACACCUGUCUGCAGCCACUAGGUAGCUCUCAGGCUCCACCUGUCCCACCCCAGAGGUAAAGGCCUCUGCCUCACAUUCUUACCCGGGUCCAAGGCAUGCACAGCUCACAGCCAGCAAAAUAAGCCAGUUUUUAAAGAAAAUGACCCUGAAGGCAUUGCCAGCAAAAGGUACCGAGGCCUUGGUUACUGAUCCUGCCCUCAUCCCCCUGCCUCUAGAACAGAGGACCUCUGAUUUGAUCACCCCACUGUUUCAUCAGAUCACAGGUCAAAACUGUAAGACCUCUAGGAAGCAGCUGUAGACUUGGUAAUGCCCCACUGCAGACAACCACCAUAGACCCAUCUGACCCAGAGGCCACCGUCAGGAAACAGCCAAGGAGCCAGAGAUGUGAGCAGGGCAGUGAUGAGGGGCAAAAGAUGAGAGGCAAGAGGGUUCCAAUCCUAACCACAGUCCAGUGCCAUCUGUCUGUCCUCCUCUCCCCUGCUGCAUUUUCCCCAGCAGGGCAGUGGGCAGAGAGCACCCCACCCUGCCCCCCAGGAGCCAGCAGACCUCUGUCCUGCCUCACCUGGAGGCAUCUGUGCUCCACAAUGCCAGGCCUUUAGCUAGUGGCCCCGUCCCUCUCAUGGAGCAGAGUGUCCCUGGAGCAAGCAAGGGAGCAAAGAUCUGGAGAAGGCUGCGUGUGCUCACUAGCCCACCCUCGGUUUCAGCCCCGUCAGCCAGGCCGUUUUGCUCCUCAACUCUGGGUUGCCUCUGGGCCCCUGGCCAGAGCACAGUCUGAAUCCAGACCCCUGAGGACGGUCCUGUCCUGGCUCCAGGAGUCCUCAUGCCACUGUGCUCCAAGCCCCCAGCCCGCCUCUGCCUGGGCCUCCGGAGUGGGGACUUUGGUUCCCAGUCCCUGGCCUGAGUCCCCAGUCGGCACCCUGGGCCUCCCAGACCCCUGGCCUGCCCACAGCCCAGACCAGAGUGCCUGGACGCCCCCUCCUCCCACUCAACAUGGUCCCCACACACUGGGCUCUGGGCCAUUCAGGGGAUGCCCUUUGUGGACAUGCAGAAUUUCUAUGAAUAUAGUUUUUUGUAAACAUUUUGUAACAAUUUGGGUUUCAUAGUAACUGUGUUACUUGCCAAUCAUUCUAGGCUGAUGUAAAUAAAUUUCCAAACAAAUCCGAUUAUUUUCCUUUUUAAGACACUGUGAUAUAUCAAAGUGCACAGUUUGCUGUAUGAAGUA